AUGGCCCCUGUGAGUGAGGACACCCCUCCUGCUCCCAUGCAAACAGGCCAAGCCCGAGCUAUUUGCACUCCCGCAGCAUCCACAAAGAGUACUGAGCAAGACCUGGACCCACACCGCGAGUCUGCUAACAAUCCUCAUACACCAUCUCCUACCCUGUGUAAAAACGAUUUUUUCUCACUCCCGAACCCCAUUGGCACCCCUUGGACCACCUGCCCCACCUUUGUGUGUUUUCCUCGCUGGAACAGGGAAUCAAUUGAGCAGAACUUUGCCCAAUCAAACCCUUUGCCACGUCCAGCAGAGUUGCCCCCGGCGCCUGGCCUGAACACUGCACCUCCGUCCACAUUAUCCACAUCUGCCCCUGCCCCAUCUCUCCGGCCACACCCACAGAAUCCGGUGAUCCAUGAGCCAACAUCACGUCCAUCAAAAUACCGCUUUGCCACUGUACAACUCAAGGGUAUGGAUGAUGAUGUUGUGGGCAAAAGGGCACACCUCAAAUCCCGGGGUUCAGAUGAGGACGCUGAUGGGAGUACCAAUUACAGUGAUGAUGAAUUGGAUGAACCACCGGCUCAACAACCGGUCCCAGUGGUUCUAGACCAUGGUCUGGGUCGCACACCCAAUUUACUGUCUGGCCCAACUUUACCAUCUGUGCAGGUCACUCAAGCUUCUUCUUUCAUGCCUGCCUCAAUGUUCAGGGACUAUAUCAUCCCUCGGGGGCCACCAAAGGAGACUAGUUCCAACACAAGCCGGAAUUCAGCACAGAGUCAUACUCAAAGUUCUUUGGGUUCCACACCUUUGCGGGCUGCAAGGUCCCCAUUGGUUGAGCUGUUUGUCCCUAGCCAAGUCCUUCCGGCGCAAGAGGUAACCCGUUGGAACACCGGAUUAUCAACUGGGAUCCUGUGGUCAAUUGAGUCAGCUGACCCAAUUAAUAUUGUCACACCCCAUGUUACCUGA